AUGGAUGUUAACACAAGAUCCGAUGCUACACGACACACCAACUCUUCCGAUUUAAGAAAGAAGUAUAGUCUAAGGACCCAUGUUGGAAAUUUGACCGGGCUAAUAAACUUGGGCAAGAGGCUUAAAACUAUGAAGAGGGAAACCUUUCAGAGAAGAUAUGGAAAUUUGUUGAAUUUAAUGGAGGUUGAAGUACAAAUACCCGCUAUCACAGCCUUGGCACAAUAUUAUGAUUCUCCGUUUCGAUGUUUCACAUUUCAAGACUUUCAGUUGGCGCCAACCAUAGAGGAGUUCGAGCAUAUCUUGGGUUUGCCAUUGGAAGGCACCACUCCCUAUCAACAUUUAGAGCAUCAUGCCUCUAUACCCACCAUUGCUGCCAUUAUGAAAUUACAUCCCAAGGAGCUUGAAGACAGGAUGAUGAUGAGGAAUCAAGUGCAUGGGUUAUCACAGGGAUAUCUAGAGCAAUAUUUACAUCAUCUGGCUGAUAAAGAGGAUUGGGAAACUUUCAUGGAUGUAUUAGCCCUCACCAUAUAUGGAAUUGUCUUGUUUCCCAAAAUAGAAGAAUUCGUGGAUUACACUGCGAUAGAUGUCUUCGUGGCGAAUAAAACCAGAUCAGAAAAUCCUGUAACAGCAGUUCUUGCGGAUGUUUAUGGGACCUUGAGUUUUUGCCAUGAGAGAAAGGGUAAGAAGAUUCUUUGUUGCUUACCGGCGUUGUAUACAUGGAUGACAACUCGCGUGUUUAAGGAGAUGGUCGAUGUCAAGAGGCUAUCGGAGACUUUGUCACACCAAGGGCUUAAAGGUAAAGGAGGAAACGAUUGGGCCCGAUUCCUUGCUGGCUUGAGCGAAAGAAGUAUAAAAUGGCGCCUUCCUUGGCUCAGAAAUAAACUGGCUAUCCAGCAUUGUGGUAGUUUUCCUAAUGUGCCUCUCAUAGGUGCCCGGUACUGUAUAAAUUACAACCCUCUUUUGGUGCAAAGACAAUUUGGGCAUCCCAUGAAAGGGGCACCUUCAUCAGAUUACCUUGCUACCCUACUCAUUUAUUACGAAGAUGGGCAUUUCAUCGAACUGUUGAGAAAAAUUAAAAGCGCCUGGGAAAAUGUUGUUCGAGCAGAGAAGGACUUGAGGGAUGGAGUAGUGGAUAGCAGGGUUAGUUAUCACACCUGGAUUCUGGAGAGAGUGAAAGUAGUCAAGCUGCCUUUCAAGUCAAUCAAGGAUCAAUCAGCUAGUGAAGGACCAUCCCAAGCUCCAGAAAGUGAAGAGGUGCAACAACUAAAAACUGAGAUGGAGAAAUUGAAAAUUAGGAAUGCUAGGUUGGAAAACGAAUUACAAAGGGCGCGUAAUGAUCUUGUGGAUAUGAAAAAUGAUAAUGAAGAAAAGUCGCGGGCUUAUGAAAAUCUUGUCAAAAGCCAGAAGGCUGAGAGGGAUUACACAUUUCGAGUGAAACAGGAUCUAGCUGCCGCGAGUAAGGAAUUAUCCAUGAGGUAUUUUGGGUUGAUUCGUUUUCCAUUGGAAAGUAGACUCAAAGAGCUUCGAUUCGGUCGACGUAACACCAAAUUUCGGGGUGUUACAGUAAAUGAGAAGAAGGUGGCUUUAGAAGAGGGAAAGGAGUGGAAGCACCUCUACGAAGAAGCCAAAAGAGAUAAACGAGAAGCCCUGAAGAGAUUAAGAGAAGCGCAGAUUCAGAUAGAAAAAGCGGGGCAUGAGAUGAAAGAGAUGGCCAUGUCGUUUGAGGCGGAUAUGAAUAGGGAGCGUUGGAAGCUAACAGAAGCAGAGGAAGAGCAUCGAACUCUGAUAAAACAAAUGGAGGAAUAUAUCGAGGAACAGGAGGAGCAAUGGAGGUCGAUAGAAUUUGAAGAAAGGCAUCAGGCCUUGAUAAAGCGAAUGGAAGAGCACAUCGCCGAGCAAGAAAUGGCUGUAAAGCACUGGAAGGAAAGAUUCUCUCAGUUGGCUGCUUUGGCAAACAGGGCAAUUGAAGACAUCCCCAGGAUGGUGUCGAAUGCUGAAGCAAGCACUCAUUUUUCCCUGAAGACUACGGGAGGGGUGACCCCUGCGCAAGUUGAGGGAAGUGCUCAAUAUUACCCUCCGUUGUUCAAUGCUGGGAGCCAAUCUGUUUCAUUCCCAAUGUAUGGAUUGCCUCCAGGUUACACCCCACCUGUGGGAGAAUACACAGAGGGGGAGCAGACUUCAUUCUCUUUCCCUACCACUGCUAACGUACCGCUAAUCAGUACUCAAGGGCCUGUUGUAAUGUCUGCACCUAUGGUAAAUGAAGGGAUGCAUGCAAGCAUGACUGAUGGAAUACGAGUAACCCCGGUGCCACCUGUGAUUACCGGAGAGGGCUUUUCUACAAGGGCUGCGCCAUAUACUUUGUUUCAGGGGGUAACUAGUAAUGUUGAUGGGGCAAAGGAUAAACUGGAGAGCCUAGAGGCAAGAUUGAGGGCUGUUGAGGGGUAUGAAAGUUAUGGAUUUGGGGAUGUUUCUAGAUUGAGCUUGGUUCCUGGCGUCAAAAUACCACAUAAGUUCAAAGCGCCAGAUUUUGAGAAGUAUAAGGGAAAUACAUGCCCAAAGAGCCAUCUAACCAUGUUUUGCAGAAAGAUGGCUGCAUAUGCUUAUGACGAGCAGCUGCUCAUCCAUGUUUUUCAAGAUAGUUUGGCUGGAGUGGCGUUAAACUGGUAUACCCAUUUGGAGCCGACUCGAAUUCGUUGUUGGGCGGACUUGGCUGAUGCUUUUGUGAAGCAGUAUAUAUACAAUACACAUGUUGCGCCAGAUCGUUUACAGCUGCAAAACAUGUCGAAGAAAGACAACAAAAGUUUUAAGGAGUAUGCUCAGCGGUGGAGGGAAUUGGCUGCACAAGUUGAGCCACCUUUGUAUGAUAGAGAAAUGGUGGCAAUGUUUGUAAAUACGCUCCAACCACCAUUUUAUGAACAUAUGGUGGGAAAUGUAUCUUCAAAUUUUGCCGAUAUCAUCGUGAUAGGUGAGCGGAUAGAGAUCGGGUUGAAAAAUGGGAAGAUUGCAUAUGGCUCGUCGGUGGUUGCAAAUUCCAAAAAACCCAAUUUCAACUCAGGGAAAAGAAAAGAGGGAGAUGUGCAUGCAACAUCUGCAACCCCCGUGUGGAGAGGUCAGGCUCCCACUCAUAACUAUCGACCAUACUGGGAUCAACAUCCACAUGCAGCUAACGCGUCAUUUGGUCAUCAAAUUAGGCCUCAACAACAACCAGGGUACUAUCAACCACAAUACAUUCCGACGAAUGAUUGGAGGGGAGGGGCAAACGUAGGUUCCAAUAUGAAUGUGGGUCCAAAUACUUAUCCAAGAAGGAACCAAGAAAGAAAUUAUGUUAACUUUACCCCAAUUCCUACAACUUAUACAGAAUUAUUGCCUCAUCUUAUCAAACAAGGGCUAGUUGUCGUUUGUCCCCUGAAGCCUUUGCAGCCUCCGUACCCAAGAGGUUAUGAUGCAGAUGCAAAGUGUAGUUAUCAUGGAGGGGCUGCUGGUCAUUCCACUGAGAGGUGUCUGGCUUUCAAGCAUAAAGUGCAGACUCUAAUUGAUUCUGGGUGGUUAAAGUUCCAAGAGGAUAAGCCUAAUGUCGAGGCUAAUCCUUUAUCUGGGCAUGGAAGUGCUUCGACGAAUGCUGUCGAAGUGAAAGAACAUGAGCUGGUGAGAAAUGUGAAAGAAGUCAGGAGCUCUAGGAGGUUUAUUUUGGAGGCGUUGCUGAAAGUGGGUAUCUUGAAGGGUGAUUAUGAUGAGAGUAUGGCAUGCGCGCUCCACCCAGAGGCUGAGCACUCUAUUGAGGAGUGUGUUGAGUUUGAAGAAAUUAUGCAAGACCUGCUAGAUCAUGGCCUGAUGCAGGUAUGCUACAAGAAUGAGGAGGGAGAUGUAUUUGCACAAACUGGUGAUGAAUCCGACAUGAUUUUACCAAAACCAUUGGUGAUUCAUUUCACUAAGACUACCUCUAUCCCACCAACUCAAGGAAGGUCGCCUGUGGUUAUCCAUGUACCAGCCCCUUUUCCUUACAAGAACGAAAAAGCCGUCCCAUGGAGGUAUGGGACGCAUGCGUCAGGCGAAACGCAAAGCGUUAACCCUGUCGUCAAAAACAUAUCAGGGAUAGGGGGAAUGACUAGGAGUGGUCGAAUUUUCACAUCACCAGAGUUGGCACGAGAAAGGGUUAAUGAUAAGGAAGCAACGAUGGCCGCGAAGGCAAAAGAAUUCUUAAAGGGGAAGGGUGCACAGACAGAGGAGAUCCCCGACAAGGAAGAGAGGAGAGAAGUUUCUGAAGAGGAGGCUUGUGAAUUUUUAAAAUUCAUACAACAAAGUGAGUAUAAGGUGGUGGAACAGUUAAACCAUAUGUCUGCUCGUAUAUCCUUGUUAGACUUGCUCAUGCAUUCGGCAUCACACAGAAAGUUGCUAAUGAAGAUACUCAGUGAGGCUCACGUGGAGCAAGGUAUUUCGUUGAAUAAAUUCGAGGGUAUUGUUGGCAAUAUUGUUGCUAAUAAUUAUCUCACAUUUACGGAUGAAGAGAUACCAGCUGAGGGAAGAGGGCAUAACAAGGCUCUUCACGUCUCGGUGAAAUGCCUGGAUCAUGUUAUUGCGCGUGUUUUAGUGGACAAUGGGUCCUCUUUGAAUGUUAUGCCGAAAGCAACCUUGGAAAAGCUACCUUGCGAAGGAAUGCAUAUGAGACCGAGUUCAAUGAUUGUGAGGGCGUUUGAUGGUAGCAAACGAGAGGUGAUGGGAGAGGUGGAUUUACCAAUGCAAGUUGGCCCUUGUGUCUUUCAAAUAACGUUCCAGGUUAUGGAUAUCCUGCCAGCUUAUAGUUGUCUGUUGGGGCGCCCAUGGAUUCAUUCGGCUGGAGUUGUGCCUUCUACACUACACCAGAAGUUGAAGUAUGUGAUGGGAGAUAAGCUGGUGAUAGUAUCAGGAGAAGAGGAUCUUCUUGUGAGUGGGCCAUCAUCCACACGCUACAUUGAGGCAGCUGAAGAAGCUCUCGAGACAGCCUUCCAAUCGUUGGAGAUUGUGGGAAAUGCUUGUGUGGAACCGUUUUCAGUAAAUCCUCGUCUAUCAUGUGCUUCUAUUAUGAUGGCCAAGAUUAUGAUAAAAGAGGGCUAUGUAUAUGGGGAAGGUUUGGGCAAAUAUCGGCAAGGGCGAGCAUUCCCUCUUGAAAUCGUUGAAAACAAGAACAGAUAUGGCUUAGGGUACAAACCUACCAAGGAAGACCGGAAAAGGAUGAUUGAAGAAAGAAAAGAGCGCAGUCUGGCCCGUGUAGAAAGACGAGGGCCCAGAGAGAGCAAAAUUCACAUUGUUGACAUCAAGGAAAGCUUCCGCAGUGUUGGGUGGAUCAAUGCUGACCAGAUAGCAGCUGUGGAGGAUGAAGAAGGGCCUCAAAGUUUGAGCUUUGUGUGGGCUUGCUCCCUUGAUACUCAACUCAACAAUUGGGAAACACUUGAUUUACCUGUGAUGCUUAAUGUGAACAAAAUAUGUGACAAUGAUUGUUUUGAAAAUAACGAUGUCAAUGUUCCUAAUUUUGAGCACCCUAUCAAUAAUACGGAAGAUGAUUUCGAAGAUAAUGUGGAACCCUCUCCGGAAUUGUUGAGAUCAGUGGAACAAGAAUCUAAGGAGAUAAAACCCCAUCAGGAGGAGAUUGAAAUACUCAACUUGGGAGAGAAGGAUGAGAUAAAGGAGGUGAAAAUCGGUACUAGUAUGCAAACGGAAGUGAGGGAAAGAUUGCGUGUCCUGUUGAAGGAGUUUAAAGAUGUGUUCGCGUGGUCUUACAAUGACAUGCCGGGUCUAGAUACCAAUAUUGUGCAGCAUAAGCUCGCACUCAAGCCGGAAUGCCCUCCAGUUAAGCAAAAACUGAGAAGAAUGAAGCCGGAAAUGUCCCUAAAAAUUAAAGAAGAAGUCCAAAAGCAAUUUGACGCAGGAUUUUUGGCUGUGGCAAGAUACCCACAAUGGGUAGCGAAUGUUGUACCAGUGCCUAAGAAGGAUGGGAAGGUUCGAAUGUGUGUUGACUAUCGUGAUUUGAAUCGUGCAAGUCCGAAAGAUAAUUUCCCGUUACCACACAUCGAUACUCUGGUUGAUAAUACGGCCAAAUUUUCGUUGUUUUCGUUCAUGGACGGAUUCUCAGGAUAUAAUCAAAUUAAAAUGGCACCGGAAGAUAUGGAGAAAACGACCUUUAUCACGUUAUGGGGAACAUUCUGUUAUAAGGUGAUGUCUUUCGGACUCAAAAAUGCUGGAGCAACAUACCAAAGGGCAAUGGUGACACUUUUUCAUGAUAUGAUGCAUAAGGAAAUUGAAGUUUAUGUGGAUGACAUGAUUGCAAAGUCGGAAUCAGAAGAGGAGCAUAUUUUCAAUCUAAGGAAAUUAUUUGAGAGACUGAGAAAGUACAAACUCAGGUUAAAUCCUACCAAAUGCACGUUUGGAGUAAAGUCUGGAAAAUUGUUGGGCUUUAUUGUCAGCCAAAGAGGGAUAGAAGUUGAUCCUGACAAAGUAAGAGCGAUAACGGAAAUGCCUGCGCCCAGAACAGAAAAGGAGGUUCGAGGUUUUUUGGGAAGAUUGAACUACAUUGCUAGGUUCAUCUCCCAAUUAACUGCUACUUGUGAACCAAUGUUCAAGUUACUACGGAAAAAUCAGGCCGUAGUCUGGAAUGAAGAUUGUCAAGUUGCUUUUGAAAAGGUCAAACAAUACCUGCAAGACCCUCCUGUAUUGCGUCCACCUAUGCCAGGAAGACCGCUCAUUUUGUAUUUGACCGUAUUGGACAAUUCAAUGGGUUGUGUAUUGGGUCAGCAUGAUGAAGACGGAAAAAGAAAGCAUGCUAUAUAUUACUUGAGCAAGAGAUUCACAGAUUGCGAACAACGAUAUUCGUCGUUAGAGCGAACUUGUUGUGCACUGGCAUGGGCUGCUCAUCGUUUAAGGCAAUACAUGUUGAGUCACUCUACUUGGUUGAUAUCUAAAAUGGAUCCUAUCAAGUAUAUUUUCGAGAAGCCCGCUCUCACUAGAAGGAUAGCUCGAUGGCAGAUGCUACUAUCGGAGUACGACAUUGUAUAUGUUACUCAGAAAUCUAUCAAGGGUAGCGCUUUAGCGGAAUAUUUAGCCCAUCAGCCCAUUAAUGAUUAUCAGCCAAUGCAACCUGAAUUUCCUGAUGAAGAUAUCAUGGCUUUAUUUGCUGAGAACAAAGAGGACAAAAAUGAAAAAGCUUGGACGGUAUUAUUCGAUGGGGCCUCGAAUGUAAUGGGGCAUGGAAUAGGGGCAGUGCUUAUCUCUCCUAAGAAUCAAUACAUUCCAAUGACGGCAAGGUUGUGUUUUAAUUGCACGAAUAAUAUCGCAGAAUAUGAAGCCUGUGCUUUGGGUAUCCGAGCAGCAAUAGAGUCUAAAGCAAAAAUUCUGGAUGUAUAUGGAGAUUCAGCUUUGGUCAUCCAUCAAUUGAAGGGAGAAUGGGAGACUAGGGAUACAAAAUUAAUUCCAUACCAAGCUUACAUCAGGGGAUUAAUUGAGUAUUUCGAUUCUAUCACUUUUAAUCAUAUACCGCGAGAAGAUAAUCAAUUAGCAGACGCGUUGGCUACUUUGUCAUUGAUGUUUGAAGUUGAUCAGGAUGCAGAAUUGCCAAUGAUUGAAAUGAAGAGUCAUGCGGAGCCAGCGUAUUGUCAUUUCAUCGAGGAGGAGGUAGAUGAGAAGGCAUCCGAAAACGAUAAAAGGGCGCUAAGGAGGUUGGUUGGCAGCUUCAUUUUGAGUGGGGAUAUUUUAUAUAAGAGGAAUCAUGACAUGGUUCUCCUUAGAUGUGUAGAUGCAAAAGAAGCCGAACUGAUACUAAAAGAAGUGCACGAGGGUACAUUUGGCACGCACAUGAAUGGGCAUUCAAUGGCUAGGAAGAUACUGAGAGCAGGGUAUUUUUGGUUGACUAUGGAAAAUGAUUGCUGUACACAUGUGAGAAAGUGUGAGAAAUGCCAGGUGUACGCAAAUAAUAUCAAUAUGCCACCCACGACCUUGAACGUGUUGUCUGCACCGUGGCCCUUUUCGAUGUGGGGAAUAGAUGUCAUCGGAGCUAUAGAGCCAAAGGCGUCAAAUGGACACCGUUUCAUAUUAGUCGCAAUCGACUACUUCACCAAGUGGGUUGAGGCUGCUUCUUAUGCUAAUGUGACUAGAAAGGUGGUGACCAAGUUCAUUAAAAAGGAGUUGAUUUGCAGAUACGGGCUCCCUAACAGGAUCAUCACCGAUAAUGCCACUAACUUGAAUAACCAGAUGAUGACGGAGUUAUGUGAGGAGUUCAAAAUUCAUCAUCUUAAUUCUUCUCCUUAUCGCCCAAAGAUGAAUGGGGCAGUGGAGGCUGCUAACAAAAAUAUCAAGAAGAUUGUGCAGAAGAUGGUGAUCACAUAUAAGGAUUGGCAUGAAAUGCUUCCUUUUGCUUUACAUGGUUAUCGCACUUCGGUACGAACAUCGACUGGGGCAACGCCUUUCUCGCUUGUAUAUGGAAUGGAGGCAGUACUUCCGUUUGAAGUGGAAAUUCCGUCCUUACGAGUUUUAAUGGAAACCCAAUUAGAAGAGGCGGAAUGGGUUCAAGCUCGUUUCGACCAGCUCAAUCUCAUCGACGAAAAAAGAUUAACAGUAGUAUGUCAUGGAAAAUUGUACCAAAGAAGAAUGAAGAAGGCAUUUGACAAAAAGGUACACCCAAGAGAAUUUCAUGAAGGUGAGCUGGUGUUGAAGAAGAUUCUACCCAUACAAAAGGAUCAUAGAGGCAAAUGGACUCCAAAUUAUGAAGGGCCAUUUGUAGUGAAGAAAGCAUUUUCUGGUGGGGCACUAAUUCUCACAAGAAUGGACGGAGAGGAGUUACCAUUGCCAGUUAAUUCUGAUGCAGUAAAAAAGUUUUACGCAUGA